AUGAGUUCAUUACCAGAAUUACUCAAUGCUGAUUCGAUUAUUCAAUUCUAUGAGAAAUAUAAGGAUUCAACGGUAAACUUACUUCAAAUAUCAGAAAGAGAAGAAAUAUCUAAACCUUAUGGGGAAGGAUUACUUGCAUUAAUUCGAUUUCUUGAUCAUAUGGAUGUAAAGCCAAAUCGUACGUUCAGAAAAGAAAUUAAAAAGAUGUUUUCCGGUUAUCAUCAUUUUCAAAUUGAUAAUUAUAAAGGUAUAUUGAUUAUGAUGUAUAAAUUUCUCAACUCACAUUGUGUUUCCAAUGAUGUUUCGGAUCAUGAACUUUCAAUAUUUGGCCACUUUGUAGGAAAAAUAAGAGAGAUAUAUUGGAAACAUGUGCGGCAAUCAGGUCAGUAUAUUUCAGAUAGUAGAGUUUUGGAUUUCGUUGAGGAUUGUUGUUACUUAAAGUUUCAUCAAAAUUCAUGGAAUCUUGGAGAAAUUGAAACUAAUCCUCCCACAUCGGAAACAAGUUUGAUGACAAUAAACAGUUUGUAUACACCUUCAAUUCAAAAACCAUAUAUCCCAAGAGUUGAGUUCUUUAAACAAUUUGGAUUUUUCUAUCCCACAGUAACACAUCUUAAUGAUAGUUUUUUCCAAAAUCAUAUCAAUUUGUUGAGUAUGACAGGUGAUGAUUGUAGAUCUACUACUCGUCCGUCUUUUGUCAGGCCUCCUAAAACUAAAAUAGAUUUGAUAAAUAAAUUCAUUAACUAUCUAGAAUCGGCUGAAACUUGGUUUGGUGAUGAAAGACUUUACUUUAGGACACGCAGAGAAUUUCCCUUGGAUAUUUUAAAUGAAACUGUGAUUGGUAUGGAUUUAACCAUUUUUAUUGAAUCUAAAUGCGCAAUCCCAGCAGUAAUUGUAAGAAACAAUUUAAAAUUUAUGUUUGAAAACUUCCAAAAGACAAAGAAUUCUAAUUUGACAAGUUCAAGUGAAUUUAUUGGAUUGUAUCUGGAAGCAUUAUUGAAUUCUAUUCUAACUAAAUCUCGUCUUUCAUUCAUUUCAGAUGGGAGGUUCUGUAUAGCAAUAUUAUUCAAUGUUGAUAAGUUGGAUAAUGAAGAUAAUAUUUCGAAUAUAAGACGUGUGCCUUGUGAAAUUAUAACUUUUGAUGCUGAAGUUCAUAAAAUGGGAGUAUGCUUUUUCAUCUUAAUGGUUCUCUUUGAGUAUGAAGAUAAGUUAGUAGUGGAUGAUGAGAAGUUUGAGGAUUUAAAGAAAUCAUUGCAUGGUGAUUGGAAAGUUAUCAAUAGACGUACAGAGAAACAAUAUCAAGUAUUAGAUGAACUUAGUCAAUAUGUUUCCAAAGUUCAACAAAUAUCAAUUGACCAAACAAUGAAUGAUAAAGUUGAAGAGAUUGAGAAUGAAAUAUUUGAACAAUGGAACAUAAGAAUCAACUUCAGAUUAUUGACAAAAGUAAUGAAUACAUAUGAAUUUAGGUUUAUUUCAAUUAGUGAAUUGAAGGUGAAAUCAGUUUUAAGUGGUACAAAACUUUAUGAGAACUAUUCAACUAUAUUGGAAACUCAUGAUGGAUGUAUUUAUAAAGUAUUCGAUCCCGUAAAAUCAUUAUCACGUUUCAGAUUGGACAUUAAAUAUUUCACAUUUUAUGAAAAGUUGAAAAUAGCAUUUGAUAUGUUUGUGAGAGAAGUAUCAAUGUAUACUUACUUAGAAGGAAGAUUUAAGGAGAAACCUACCAUAUUAGAAAUUGGUUAUAUAUCCAAUCCUCAUAAAAAGUAUUGCAAGAGAUUACCAACUGUAAAGAAAAACAUACUGGGAGCUUUUAAAUAUCCAUUAGCUGGAUUCUAUAUCAAGAUGACGAAAGUUGAAGGUAUUCCAUUAGGUAAUUCAGAUAUCACUCGCAAGGAAAGAGAAUUAUUGACAGAUAUUUUUGAAAAACUUCACUCCCUAGAUGUGAUUCAUGGUGAUGUCCAUGGUGAGAAUUUUGUUUAUGAUGAGUCAACUGAAUCGAUUCUGGUAUUGGAUUUUGGAAGAUCGAAUUAUAAAGGAUUGGAAGAUAUCGAAGAUGAAAUCAUUGAUGAUCAACAACUUGAAAGUUUAAAAAGAAGAGAUAUAUCUUAUCUCAAUAAUUUAUUUGCAGAGCAAUGGUGUUGGCGUUAG